UGAGACCCAAGUAACACUAUCAAAGGUUCCUAGUUCCUGGUUGCACAUUUUCUUCAGUGCAUUAUUAAGAUGGAAUCUCCAAACACAAACCAGGAGAAAGCAGGGGUGCUUGGUAGAGCAUGGGAACAUGUAAAGGCUUUGCCUGAAGUCCUUAGGAAGAAAGUGUGGGGCAUUUGUAAGAUGUCAAAAGAGGUAGCCCAAGAUGAUCCUAGAAGAGUUAUUCAUUCACUAAAAGUGGGACUUGCAAUCUCACUAGUGUCUCUAUUCUACUACUAUCAACCACUAUAUGAGAAUUUUGGUCUUUCAGCAAUGUGGGCUGUGAUGACUGUUGUAGUUGUUUUUGAAUACACAGUUGGAGCCACUCUUGGAAAAGGUUUGAAUAGGACAAUGGCAACUCUAGCAGCUGGUGCUCUUGGCGUUGGGGCUCAUUACCUAGCUAGCCUAUCUGGGGAAACAGGGGAACCAAUAUUGAUUGGCUUCUUUGUAUUUGUACAAGCUGCUAUAGCAUCAUUUAUAAGGUUUUUCCCCAAGGUGAAGACAAGAUAUGAUUAUGGGAUUCUUGUAUUCAUCUUGACAUUCUCUUUGAUAUCUGUAUCUGGAUUUCGUGAUGAUGAAGUAUUGGAAAUGGCACACAAGAGGCUAUCAACCAUUUUUAUAGGGGGUUCUGCUUGUGUAAUGAUCUCCAUUUUUGUUUGUCCUGUGUGGGCUGGGGAAGAAUUCCACUAUUCCAUUGCUGAGAAGUUGGAAAUCCUUGGUGACUUCUUAGAAGCAUUUGUAGAUGAGUACUUCACAACAUCAAAGGAAGGAGAUUCUAAAGAUAACAAGUCUUUCCUUGAAGGUCAUAAAAGCAUUCUCAAUUCCAAAAGUUCUGAAGAGGCUCUGGCCAAUUUUGCAAGAUGGGAACCAGGUCAUGGCAAGUUCAAAUUUCGUCACCCAUGGAGUCAAUACCUCAAAAUUGGUGCCCUUUCUCGCCAAUGUGCAUAUAGAAUGGAGGCUCUAAAGGAACUCCUCAAUUCUAAUACACAAGGAUCACCAGAAAUCCAUUGUACAAUCCAAGAACUGUGCUCAGAAAUGAGUUUGGAAUCAAGCAAAGCUUUGAAGAAACUAGUAGUAUCAAUCAGAACAAUGACCAUGGCAUCUUCUGCCGAUAUCCACAUUGCAAACUCAAAAGCUGCACUGAAGAGCCUCAAAUCAUUGCUCCAAUCAAACUUAUGGAAAGAAACAGACCUUUUCUCACUUGUGCAACCAGUAACAGUGGCUUCACUGCUAAUUGAUAUUGUUGAGUGCACAGAGGAAAUAGCAGAUUCAGUGAAUGUUCUCGCUUCCAUUGUGGAUUUUGAUGUUGAAGAUGCAGAUGAAAAAUCUCCCAAGACAUCACAAUCUCCAAACUCUGAAUGUGCUAAGAAUGAUAAUAACCCCCAUGUCGUUAUUCUUAUUGAGGAGCCAGUUUUGUCUGAUUGUGGAAAAACAACAUCUGAUCAACAUAAGUAGUUUGAUAAUUGAUAUAUUCAUGGAUAUGAUUAUCAUAAUCAUGACUUCAACAUUAGAUCAGAACUAAUAAUAAAACAAAAUUUAAUGUGUGUCAUAUAAAUUAAUUACCAUUACCAUAUGGAUUAUGGAGUAUCUUAACUAUAUCAAUGUUAAUUUUGUAAUCUGAAAUUUCAAAUGGUUACUUUGGGCAUGUUAAUACCCUUUUGUAUACCUGUUGAUUGAUAUCAGCAAUAUUUAGAUGUGAUGCAUCUUGUCAA